AUGCGUCCACCUUCUCUGCGCUCUCGCGAGGUUUCGUCUUCCCGGAAGUACUGGAGGACCUUCCCGGUUAACGGCGUCGCUAUGUGUGGGGACUGUGUGGAGAAGGAAUAUCCCAAUCGGGGUAACAUCUGCCUAGAGAAUGGAUCUUUCUUGCUGAACUUUACCGGCUGUGCAGUGUGUGGUAAGCGGGACUUUAUGCUGAUCACAAACAAAUCUUUGAAAGAGGAAGAUGGAGAAGAAAUAGUUACCUAUGAUCCAGAUCUGUGUAAGAAUUGUCAUCACGUAGUAGCCAGGCAUGAAUAUACAUUCAGUAUCAUGGAUGAAUUUCAGGAGUACACCAUGCUGUGUUUGUUAUGUGGCAAAGCCGAAGAUACCAUCAGUAUUCUCCCAGAUGACCCCCGACAAAUGACUCUCUUAUUCUAAGGAUCCUUCUGCGGCUCUGUUGGAACUAGGCUAUGUUGGUUUACAAUACUGCAAGCCUGAUGGUUUGUCUUACUUAGUUUAUAAUGGAAAUUACUUAUUUUUUUCUGCUUAAACUUACCUAUUCUUUGAAAGAAAAAAGUAAUUUGGGGGAGCACCUAAUGCCCAGAUCUUGGCUCCAGUAAAAGGAACCAGGGCUCCUUGGAUAAAUGACUUAUUCCACGACUGGGGCUAUAAGUAUACAGGACUAGGGCUGUAAAUAUGAGCUUGGAGCUUCUUGUGCCACAAAAAAAGAAAGUGCUCAGAAAAAAAUCACAAUAGUUAGGGAUGUCAGAAGGACAGAAGAGCCAAUGGAAGGAGCUCCCAGUGAGCAAAGCUGGAACAAUUCGAAUAAAAAAUUAAGUAGCAUUGGAUUAUAGCCCAGACUAUAAAAUAAAUAUUCAUGAGUCCAUACUGAUAUAAAUAAAUGACUGAAUAAAUAAGUACAUAAACUACAAUAGGCAAAUCUCCCAUGCAGAAGUUUUUCAAAUUAUGUAUGUAGAUACUCCCCACUCCUUAAGUGUGUGUGUGGUGGCUUCCUUCCAGGAUAUAGUAUAGAAAGGGGGGACAGACACUAGCCAGGAUCGAGGUUAAUAUCACUGGUGAUAAGCCAUAUGACAGCAUGUGUCCUUGAUAUGAUGUGAUGAGAAUGGCACUGCACCUUUGUAGUACUCUUCCCCAAAAAACAUAACUCCAGUCUGAUGAGAAAAACAGACAAAUCCCAGUUAAGGGACAUUCUACAAAAUACCUGACCAGUGCUCCUCAGAACUGUCAGGUCAUCAAAGACAAGGAAGUCAGAGAAACUCACAGCCAGAAAGAACCUCAGGAGACACGCUUACUAAAUGUAAUGUGUCCUGAAUGGGAUCUUGCACCAGAAAAGUGACAUUUGGUGAAAAUGGGAAAUCUGAAGAGAGUGUGAACUUUAGUUAAUAUAAAUAAAUAGAAUGAUUUGAAUUGUUCUAAAGGGAUCUUAGACUGUCUUACCUUACAUAGUUGAAAGAACACUGGAUUGGGUGUCAUCAACCCUGGCAUUUAGGCCUCUCUACCGUUUGGUAGCACUCUAACCAUUAAGGAAAGCAUUACUAUGGACUUUAUUGUCUCCUUUUAAAAAUUUGGACUAGUAAAAGUUGAUACUAUACUUCCUUUAUAGUAUUGUUGUGAGAUCCAAGUGAGUAAUGAAUGUAAGAUGCUUUGGAAGGCACAGAAAAUACUAGAUACAACGAAAUGGCUAGUUAGUUCUCGUAAGACCACAUUUAAAAGGGGCAGGCAUUAGAAACAAAACUGUUUCCUCUUCAGACCUGAGAGACUUGGGUAUUCUGAACUGAGGCCUUGCUUAUAAGAAAAUAGUGAGCAAAGUGUUCGUGAUACCAGGGAAAAGCUUUGUUGUAUGACAAGGAUAACAAUAGCUGAAGUUUACUGAGGACUGACUUUGUGUGGCGGCCUUUUUAAGCACUUAUCUAAUCCUCAUUCACAACUCCACGAGGUAGGUACUAUUAUUAUUCCGAUUUUAGAGCCAAAGACACUAAAGCACAAGAAGUAGCUUACUCAGGGUCACACAGCUAGUACGGUGACUCCCUCUCAGUGGGAGUGUUCAGUUCUGGUGAAGUAUAGGGCCUGGCAAGGUCAGGAGGAGGCUGAGAAUGUCAGGGACCGCACUCUGAGAAACCUAGGCAUGUCAGACCAAGAUUUAUUACUUAGAAAACUUAAGUCAGCUGCUUCUUAGGAAUCGGUUGUUUUAUUCCUGGAAAAUGUUUUCCACUUACUGCAAAUCUAUAUCUGACCUGCUGAGGAAAUCAUUUGGUGAAAUGAAUCCAGAAAGUAGAGAAAAUGCUUCAUUACUUUAAAUAGCAGCACUAAGCCCGUUAUAGCCUCUGAAUUGUCCCUUCUUGGAGUUUGAAUGCUUCCAACUUAGUCUUUUGGAGCUCAAGAGUACAGUUUCAGAUGCCCCGCUGAUAUCUUUGUCUUUUGCAGAAUGUGUAAUUAUUAUCUAUCAUAGACUACAUAUACUAUAAAAAUUCAAAACACGUGAUCCUAUCCAUAUAUUUUAUUAUUAUUUUAUCAACAUUGUGCUAUGUUUUGUGAUAUUUUCUUUUUCAUCUUCUAGAAGUUUUCUCUGGAUCUAAAAGAAUUAAAGACCUUUUGAACCCA